CCCUACGCUUGUCUUUAACUCAUUGCUUAUUACGCUUCAAGGACAUUGCUAGCUUGAGCUGCUCUUGUCGUUCAUUCGUUCGUUCGCCAGGCUCUGUCCUUAGCCUGGCGUACGCAAAACAUCGUUUGGUUAAGCCAUGUGCGAACAAAACCAUAACAACGACUGAGAUGACACGGCCAGAGCCUUACCACGAGCUCCGGCCGCUUGGACUCAAUGGCCCUGGUGAAGCCGCUGCUCACGCGCUCUUGUCGCCACCCGAAGCCCCCGCAGGGGGCGCCACCGCGGCCGCAGCAGUACUUGGCGGCGCGCUGCUGCGGCGGCUGGCUGACUGCCGGCACGACAGCCCCGCCGCUGCGGCCCUGGCCUUCCUCGCCAGCGAGGCCACACGGCACGGCCUUGCCUGGCCCCGCCGGAACCUGCCCGCCCUCCUGGAAUGGCUGGCUAGCCCCACCUGCUGCCAUGUCAGCCGGCCCGCUGCAGGGCUAGAAACGACAAACCGCGCGCAUCCUCCAACAGCUGCUGGUAGAGACAUCAAGGAAUCCCAAGGGCCGCACGUGGAUCAGGCGCGGAAGGGCCAGGAGGGGCCGAGGGCCGCCCAGCUGCCGCGCGCUGCUCAACUGGAAGUGCGGCCGUGGGCUGCGGGCCUGCCGCCGCGGCUGCAGCAGGCUCUGCGGCAGCUGCUGGUCGCGCUGCCGCACUGCGCCGCGUUGCGUGGCAGCGGACUGGAGGGCGGCCAUGGGCGGCAGCUGCUGGACCGACUUCUGGCGGCGCUGAAGCCGGCGGCUGCGGCCGCGGCUGCGGCUGCUGCCACCACUAGUGCGGCUACAGCUGAAGUUGUGGGGGGCGGUGGCGCUGGUGACACGGUGGGUCCUGCGACUGCCUCCAGGGUCCCAGGUUCGGGGUCGGGGGCUGGGAGCUGUGGCACUGGCACUGGCACGCGGCUGGGGCGCGCGGCUGCGGCCUGGGUGGCCUCGGCCAUGGCGGCUUCGCGGCGGCAGUACGGGGCCGCAGCAGCGGGUGCCUCGCCUGGCGAGCAAGGCGCCGCACCGGACGCCGGUCCCGUCAGGGCAAUGGAAUUGGACGAUACCAGUCCUGGCGCGGUCUCGGAGCAGCUGGGCUGCCUGCUAGAGCCAGGUGGGGCCGCGGGAAUGGUGGCAGAAGUAGGGGCAGCCGCAGACCGAGGCGAAGGCGGUGAUGGCGGGGAGGCAGCGAGCAGCGGUCUGGUGUUGGAAGGCUGGUGGUGGUGGCCCCCAUCGGACGGGGUCGCUGUGGAGGAGGCAGCAGAGCCCGGCGGCUUGCCGGGUCCUGACGAGGGCGAAGGCAAGGCGGUGCACGUGGAGAGGAAGGCCGAUUGGCCGGACGCUGUGGAUGACGGCAGCGACGUGCCGCCACAGGCCGCAAGCGAGCGACAGCCUGCACGAAGGCGGUCUGCUGAAGGCGCCAUCGCUACGGAGGAAGGGACGACAAAGGAGGCGCAGGCGGCAGGAGCAGCUGACGCUGGGCCGGCGGUCGCGAGCUCGCCAGCCGCGAAGCGCCCGCGGCUGGAACAGGUGGUAGCGGCAGCGCAGCCGCCGCCACCGGCCGCGGCCGCAGCACCUGCAGAGCCGCAGCUGCUGCGGCCAGGCCAUGAGGGUGACACGCUGUCUAACGAUCUGACAGACCUGCUCCGCAAGCUUCAGGACGCCACGGACCCCGACUCGCUGAACGACGCCUUGCCUGCCGCCUGGCAGUCCCUUCAAGCCCAGGCGGAGACCUGUGCCGCCAGGGCCGCCGCCGCACCCUCCGCCGUCGUAUCCGCGGCCCUGACCGCCGCAACCUCGGCCACGGAAUCGCUGCCGCUGCCGCCUGACGCGGUGCUUAUGUGCCUGCGGAAAUUGCUGGCACCGGGCCUGGGCGGUGGUGCGGCGAGGCUGCUGCUGGCGGCAGUGGUGCUGCCGGCUGUGGAGGCGGUGGAGCGCGUGAUGCCCAAGCCAUUGCUGGAGGCGCUGGGGGCAGCCGCGGGCCCGCACCCCCGGCCGCUCACGGAGGCUGUGCUGGUGCCAGCGGCGCAGCGGCGCGGCCUGAGCGCGGGUCAGUGCCAGCUGCUGCUCAAGGCCGCCACGGUGGGCAACACCGCACUGCCGCGACAGCUGCAGGCCCAGCUACUGGCGGCUGUGUGCGCCGCGCAUGUGGCGGCGGAGUGGUGCGAGCCGCAGGUGGCGCUGGCGCAGGGGUUGGUGGAGGCCGCCAAGCAGAGGCUGGAGGAGGACGCGGCAUCGGCGGUGGCCGCUGGCAUCUGCACCGCCGCGCGGUCGGGGCACCUGGCCAAGAGCGUGGCGCUUUGCCGGCUGCUGCUGUCGCUGCUCUCGAAGGCUGGGGUCAGUGGGGCGGGCGGCGGGGGCCUGGGGCGGGCGGAGCUGCUGCAACUGCAGGAGGCGGCGGGCGCCACCAACACCUUCAUGACCAAGGCCUGUCUGGCUAAACUGCAGGAGCUAAUGCGGUAGUGCGCUGUGCUUACUGGUAUACUGGGGCAUUCGGCUGGUAUUUGCAUGAGACACGUGCUGUCCUUGAAGUGAAAGACACGCAAAACAUCAGGCAAGCUUGGGUAGCGUUGCACGGUGUCGUAGGUGGCAUGUUUCACACAGCAACAGCAGGAUGCCGCGUACAAUGCAGAGCUGGCGUGAGCAUGGUAGCCAAC